UUCUGUUUGAAUAUGGAAAACUUAACUGAAUUGAGUACUAUUACUCCAGAAAUUCAAACUCCAUUUGAAUUGGAUGUAACUGGAUCUGAUUUUUUAAACUCGUCAAAUUUUAAAAAUGUAGAUGCCAAUUCAUCGGAAGCAUUUGCUGCUUUAAAUAAAUUCUGCGGAUCUCCCUUUUGGGAUGUCAAAUUAACAUGGAAUACAACAGAUCCGGAGUUUACCCCUUGCUUAGAAAAAACCUUCUUAGUGUGGAUCCCGUGCAUCUUUUUGUGGCUUUUCGUAGGUUUAGAAUGCUACUACAUCUAUUCUAGUAAAAAGUGGAAUAUACCAUGGAAUUGGCUGAAUUUGUUAAAAUUGGGAAUCACAGCAACCCUUAUAGUUUUAACAGUCAGCGACAUAGUUACUACAUUUAAAAGAGCAGCAGAAGAGAAUAGUAAAGUUUUUAAUGUGGAUAUCUAUUCUCCUUUACUCAAAAUAUUUUCAUUUAUUCUCGCUGGGGUCAUAACGAUUUUUAACAGAAAAUAUGGUCAACAAACGUCAGGAUUAUUAUUCCUCUUUUGGUUAAUUUUAGCGGUUUGUGGUAUUCCCCAACUGCGAUCCGAAAUACGAAAGGCCCAAAGAAAUGAAAUCCUUCCCUCACAAUAUUACUUCUAUACCAGCUAUUUAAUUUAUUACCCAUUGGUUUGUGUAAUGUUUUUACUUAAUUGUGUGGCAGAUCAAACGCCAAGAGAAAGGAAGUAUCCCGUAGCAGAGAAACCAUGUCCAGAAGAAGGAGCCGGUUUUUUGUCGCGUAUUCUGUUUUCUUGGUUCGAUGCUCUUGCAUGGAAGGGUUUCAGAAAACCUUUAACCACCGAAGAUCUUUGGGAUAUGAACAUUGAAGAUAGUUCCAGAGAAUUAGUGCCCAAAUUCGAAACAGCUUGGAAGGAAACCUUACUGAAAGCUGAAAGUUCCUCUUCCAACCCUGCGGGUCAAGUGAAAUUUAAAUCUGACUCAGAUCAUGUGGAUUUUCUCAAUAGCAAACCGAAAAAACAGGCGUCAGUACUACCAGCUUUGGUCAAGUGUUUUGGUCCGGUCUUUUUCUUUGGAGCAUUUCUAAAAUUAUGUCAGGACCUUUUAGUAUUUGUAUCUCCACAAGUUUUGGGAUUGCUGAUUUCGUACAUUAAAAACAAGGAACCGUUAUGGAAGGGUUAUUCGUACGCGGGUUUGCUAUUUGUGGUGGUUACAAUUCAAACUCUGUUGUUGGCCCAAUAUUUCAACCGCAUGUUCCUCGUCGGAAUGAGAAUUCGCACGGUCCUGGUUUCAGCGAUCUACAGAAAGGCCCUCAGGAUUUCCAACAGCGCUCGUAAGGAAAGCACCGUGGGUGAAAUAGUCAAUCUGAUGGCCGUCGAUGCGCAGAAAUUCAUGGAUUUGAUCAGUUACUUGAACAUGAUUUGGUCGGCGCCGCUGCAAAUCUGCCUGUCGUUGUAUUUCCUCUGGAACGAAUUGGGUCCGUCCGUGCUGGCCGGUCUGGCGGUCAUGAUCAUUUUAAUUCCCGUCAACGGAUUCAUAGCCAACAAGGCGAAAACUCUGCAAGUCAAGCAAAUGAAAAACAAAGACGAACGUGUUAAAUUGAUGAACGAAAUUUUGAACGGCAUCAAGGUUUUGAAACUGUACGCGUGGGAGCACAGUUUCGAAGAGCAAGUAUUGAAGAUUCGAAACAAGGAAAUUAAAGUUCUCAGGCAGGCAGCUUAUUUGAAUGCUGGUACUUCAUUUAUAUGGUCUUGUGCUCCAUUCUUGGUAUCGCUAGUCACUUUUGCUACCUUCGUUUUGGUUGAUGAAAAAAACAUAUUAGACGCCAAUAAAGCCUAUGUUUCUAUUUCUCUCUUCAAUAUCAUAAGAUUUCCGCUGAGCAUGUUACCCAUGAUGUUAUCGCAAUUAAUUCAAACAUGGGUAUCUGUUAAAAGGAUAAACAAUUUCAUGAAUGCCGAAGAACUGGAUCCUGACAAUGUGCAUCACGAACCUACUGAAGAACCUUUGCUCAUCCAAAACGGAAACUUCUCAUGGGGAAGCGAGCCGGUGCUCAAAAACAUCAACAUCAGAAUCAAAAAGAAAACCCUGACGGCCGUCGUGGGUACAGUGGGAUCGGGCAAAUCGAGUUUGGUGUCCGCUUUUCUGGGAGAAAUGGACAAGAUCUCGGGCACCGUCAAUACAUAUGGAAACAUCGCCUACGUUUCGCAGCAAGCUUGGAUCCAAAACGCCACCCUUCGAGACAACGUCCUGUUCGGAAAACCCUACAAUAAAUCUGUAUACAACGACGUUAUCGAAGCGUGCGCCCUUAAACCGGAUUUCGAUAUGUUACCAGCUGGUGAUCAAACUGAAAUAGGAGAAAAAGGUAUCAAUCUUUCGGGCGGACAGAAGCAGCGUGUUAGCUUGGCCAGGGCGGUGUACUCGAACGCGGACAUUUACUUUAUGGACGAUCCUCUGAGCGCCGUGGACAGUCACGUUGGGAAGCACAUCUUCGAGAAGGUCAUAGGCCCGACGGGGUUGCUGAAGAACAAGACGAGAAUGCUCGUCACUCACGGUAUCACUUAUCUGCCGCAAACUGACAAAAUCAUCGUGCUGAAGAACGGUGAAGUUUCGGAAACCGGCACCUACCAGGAAUUGAUGGAUAAGAAAGGAGCGUUUGCCGAUUUCUUGAUACAGCACAUCACCGAGGAAGCUGAAACGGUGGAAGGUUCUAAGGUUAAAUCAGAGGAAUUCGACGAGCUCAAAGACCAAAUAAGCGAGGGACACCUGCCCGAAGAAUUGAACAAGAAACUAAUCAGGCACAGGUCGCGAAUUUCUGAAUCGCAUUCGGAUACCGGUUCGGACCAUUUCGGCAACGGUUCGAUACAGAGAUUGAACAGCAUGGAUAAAAGCGGAAGAAAGGCGUCCGUGGAUUCGAAAAAGCUGCCGCAAAAGGGCGAGAAAUUGAUAGAAGUGGAAAAGGCCGAAACCGGCAACGUGCGUUGGGCCGUUUACAAGCAUUACCUCAAAUCGAUUGGAAUAAUGUUUAUGUUAUCGACGUUAAUAUUCAAUUUGAUCUACCAAGGUUUCCAAAUCGGCUCGAACGUUUGGUUGGGUAUUUGGGCCGACGAUGAUAAGCUUGUAUCAAAUGGCACGACCACUGAUACGGGAAAAAGGGACAUGUAUCUUGGUGUAUAUGGUGCCCUUGGAUUGGGCCAAGUUAUAACUGUUUUGUUCGCUUCGUUGGCGUUAUACAUUGGUACGUUAAGGGCUGCUAAACUCAUGCAUAACUUAAUGCUCGACAAUGUAUUGAGAACUCCGUGUACCACGUUUUUCGAUGUUACCCCUUUAGGACGAAUAUUGAAUAGAUUCGGAAAGGACGUCGAUACGCUGGACAAUGUUCUACCCAUGACCUUACGAGGCUGGGUGAAUUGUUUUUAUUCGGUUAUUGGUACAUUAUGCGUAAUCAGUUACACGACACCUUUGUUCCUUGCCGCGAUCGUGCCGAUAUGCUUAAUAUACGGCUUCAUUCAAAGAUUUUACGUAGCCACGUCCAGGCAAGUGAAACGUUUGGAAUCCGUUUCGAGAUCUCCGAUCUAUUCGCACUUUAGCGAAACGGUGUCGGGCGCACACGCCAUCAGAGCGUACAAUCAACAAGAAAGAUUCAUAAAGGAAUCGGAGUACCGAGUCGAUUUGAACCAGAAAUGCUACUACCCCGGCAUCAUAUCCAACCGAUGGCUGGCCGUCCGAUUGGAAAUGCUCGGAAAUUUGAUCAUAUUCUUUGCCGCGUUGUUCGCAGUCGUCGGUGGAAGCAGCGACGCCGGUUUGGUCGGUUUAUCGGUCACCUACUCGUUGCAAAUCACCCAAAUUCUCAAUUGGCUGGUCAGGAUGACGUCCGAUGUGGAGACGAACAUUGUGGCUGUGGAGCGUAUCAAGGAGUACGCGGAGGCGCAGCAGGAAGCGGCUUGGGACAUACCCAGCAAGAACCCGUCGCCGAAAUGGCCGACGAGCGGAACCGUAUCGUUCAAAAACUAUUCGGUGAGAUACAGGGAGGGCUUGGAUCUCGUUUUGAGAAACGUCGAUUUCGAAAUUAACGGCGGCGAAAAGGUCGGAAUUGUCGGACGAACGGGAGCCGGGAAAUCCAGUUUAACUUUGGCCCUAUUCAGAAUCAUUGAAGCAGCUCAGGGAAACAUAUUUAUAGACGGCGUGAGAAUCGAUGAAUUGGGUUUGCACGCUUUAAGAUCGAAGCUGACCAUUAUACCUCAGGAUGCCGUGCUAUUUUCCGGCUCUUUACGCAUGAAUUUAGAUCCCUUCGACUCUCAUAGCGACGAGGAAGUUUGGCGGUCGUUGGAGCACGCUCAUCUUAAAACAUUCGUAAAAGGUUUAAGCGCUGGAUUGAAUCACGAGAUAACAGAAGGUGGUGAAAAUUUAUCGGUGGGGCAAAGACAGUUAAUUUGUCUUGCUAGAGCCCUGCUUAGAAAGACCAAGAUACUUGUAUUAGAUGAGGCAACCGCAGCUGUCGAUCUCGAAACCGAUGAUCUUAUACAAAAAACAAUCAGAACCGAAUUUAAGGAGUGCACAGUACUUACCAUAGCUCACAGAUUGAAUACUAUUAUGGAUUCGGAUCGCGUUAUAGUUUUGGAUAAAGGAGAAAUUGCGGAAUUCGAUUCGCCUGCUAACUUAUUGGCGAAUGAAAAUUCGAUAUUCUAUAGUAUGUCUAGAGAUACAGGAUUAGCUUGAUGCGUUGAGUGAAGGUGUUUUUUGAAAAAAAAAUAAUAUGCCAAUACGUCAUUUAAGACGUAAUUUGUUUGUAUAUUAUAGAGGCUAGUCUUUUAAAAUAAAUUAGUCCAUAAAGAAUUUUAAACGUAGUUAUUUACUUUAGUGUGUAGGUAUUAUAUUUAAGAUUUUUUUAAUGUUUUUUUUUUCGAACGUAGACCUCAAUAAGUGCCUUCUUACUACUAUUGGCUUUCUUUAACUUCUCUUAAAACAUUCUGUAUUAUUUUCUUAAAUUAACAUCACUGAAACAUCACUCUUGCAAGGUUUCGAUAUUGUAAAGAUGCCCACCUCCUAAGGCUAGCCAUCUAUAACUUGUCAUGCAAAGUGUAUUCCUAUAUUUUCUAUUUUUGUACUUAAGUGUUACUAGAUUUUAGUAGAAAUUGUUAGCCUUUGAAAGUACCAUUCUAUAUUGUGAUCGUUAGGAUACUUACUUAAUUUUCGUUGAUAUCGUUACACAUUUGGCAGUUUGUUUUGUAAAUAUCAAUUUUUGUUUUAAAAGUAAAAACGCAAAUAUUUUUAUCCCUGUUCGUAUUGUUAAUAAAGAGUUACAUUUG